AUGAACUUUUCCAAGACCGACGACCUAUCUAUCAGCUUAACGUCCAUUUUUAUGAAACUUGUGGGACUAUGGAUGGCGGCCAACCAGUCCGAGCAACGUGUCAGAAACUUCACGGUGGGUUACACGAUGAUCGCGAUCAUCUUCGGUACGUGGGUACAGAUUACCGAUAUGUGUUACUCUUGGGGCGACUUCAGU